CCGACCGCGUAUCCCCAAAGCGAGUGAUGAAUACACGGAUUCUCGGAAUAUGCGGUACAUACCGCGUUUUUGGCGGCGGUCAGAAAUGUCGACCAAUCCGGACGUGCGGCGGCUUCAAAUUCUUUCGACUCGAGACGGACACUGUUCUGGUGGGGACGGUGUCGUCGUUUUGCUUUUUGGGUCAGUAGGGCAAGAAUGCCGACGCCGACUGAAGUCGGACCUGAUCAUUGGCCCGAACAACAAGAAAAAUUUCGGAUUUACAUCUCUCCAGCGUGCAUGCGCUUCUUCGGCCUAGUACCGCUCCUACUGGGUCUCGGCGCCUUCCCUUCGAUCCCUACGCCCAGUACACGAUGGCCCAUUUCUCCAUUCCUCGAGACCUCCGUCUGGCGCUUGGACUACGGUGUCGUACCGUAAUAUAUAGGGUGAUGGUCGCGCACCCCAUCGCUCGGCGCAGGUUUCGGCCCAUUUCCUGGCCAUCCGCUGUGUUCGACCGUGACCGACGCAGUACACUCGGAGUUGCCGUACUGUGGCACGCUUGGGGCGGCACCAGAGGGGAAAAAUCGUUUCUACCGUGCAUAUCUGACGGGCUGCAGCUUGCGACGGCUCCGACUUCGCUCAAUAUGUCCUGUCC